AUGUUAAAAAUUAUCAUUACAUCAUUGCUGUUAUCAUCUGUACUAUCUACUAGUAAACCUACUAUUGGAAUUUUAACUAAUCCAUCAGAUCUCAAAGAUUAUGACAAAUCACUCUAUUCAUAUUUUCCUUCCAGUUAUGUGAAAUGGAUUGAAUAAGCUGGAGCAAGAGUUAUACCUAUUCAUUGGGAUAGUUCUUAUGAUGAAAUUACUGUCAUUCUUAAUUCUAUUAAUGGAGUCCUCUUUACUGGAGGUGAUGUAGAUUUAUAUUUAAAUAAUACUCAACCAGGAUUCACUUUUAAUAAAUUUACUGAUACUGCAUCAUUUAUAUUCUAAAAAGUUAUAUAAUUCAAUAAAUCUGGAAAAUUCUAUCCUCUAUUAGGUAUAUGUCAAGGUUUUUAAUUGAUUAAUUAUAUUGCUUCAUCAUAUUAUGAAGUCUUAACUAGAAUGACAGAUGAUUUAGGAAAGUAGAGAUUACUUGAAAUUGUUCCAGAUGAAGAUUCUUUUGUUUUAAAAUCAAUUGAUACAAUUACUUUAGAUUAUCUAAAGAAUAUAGGUAAUUAUUACUUUUAUUAUUAUUAUAGAUGGACCAUAUUAUUCUCAUAAUUGGGGAGUUAUAUAAUAAACAUAUGAGAAGGCCUAUUCUUUAGGAGCUUUCUUUAAAAUAAUUGCUUAUAGUAGAGAUGGAAUUGAUUUAAAAUAUGUUGCCAUUUGUGAAGCCAGAGAAUUUCCUAUCUAUGGUUAUCAAUUCCAUCCAGAAAAACAUUAAUUUGAAUGGAUAACUAAAGCAACUCAUGAUGUUUAACAUAUCAAAUAUUCAUAAUAAUUAGCUAUGGAUUUCAUUUCUAUGGCUAAAAAGAAUGAUAAUACUAUCUCAGAUGAAGAAUUGGCUAAACUAAUAAUUUACAAUUAUUAAUAAAUCAAUAGAAUGGAUAAACCAAAUACUAGUUUUUCUUAGGUAUAUCUUUUUGAAAGAUAACGUAAUGAAACCAAAUCUGAUCAACAAUAAUUAGGCAUUUAUUACAAUAUCAAAUUCUUUAGAAAACAUCACUGA